AAUCUAAUAAACAAUAUCAUUUGGAUCAUCCAUCCAUUAUCACUUAUCCAUUCUCCUCUCCUGUGGGAGCCUAUCACUCAUGUUGUUGCCGUCGUCAACCUCUUUUUCCUCUGCGAGAUAUUAGUGUUAGCACGAGAUAGUAAAUAAUACCACUCUUUUUUUAUCACGAAGAGUCGUGCGGAAGACGAGCGAGCCUUUGUGAGACGAUGUGACCGUCUACUGCCUUUCUUCAGUUGCAAGCUAGCCAACACGGCGAUGUCCACUCGGUUGGUCCUCCGUUUUCCCGCGCCGAGCCAAGGAAAACCGACCUGAAACGUCAGCGUAGCAGUUGCAAUCCGUCGCGCCGUCCAGCUCCCCAUCCACUUGGGCGCCAAGGAACCGUGCACCGCCACUCGGCGCGGCGGCGGCGUCAGGUCACGCCGACGCGACGCACGUCAUAGCGACAUGUCCGUUCACACGGCAGGCAAACCGGCGGUACAGUGCAAGUGCAACACGACGACGCGGAGCUAAAAUAUUGAACGGUUGCGUCUGCGCAUUUGGCUCUCCUCCUUCACGAGCAAGCAUCCCAAAGGACGCUACAAACCUGACGUCCAUCGCCGUGGCCUGUGACGGUCGCCGCCUUGACGUUGACGACGACGCGCACACGCAGACGCACCCACGAGCCUGCUGAUCCAAACACUGUGAAGAUUCUAUAAGUACAGGCAGCGGGCGAGGCCGUGUUCCAGAUCCAGCCUCGAGCACCGGGACCUGCCGCGUGCUUCUUACUGGCAACUUGGCAAGUGGCACGGCCGCACGGAUCCAUCUCCAUCGUCGAGGCGAGGACGAGGAAGCAGAUCGAAGCACCCAACCACACCACACUGGUGGUGAGUGGUUGCUGGCGAUGGCGAUGGAAGCGAUGAUGAGCGGGCUCAACUCCGGCGUGGUGCUCAGCCUGAUCGCCGUGCUGUGGACGGUGGUGUGGCAGAACCUGCAGCACCUGCAGCUGCAGCAGUUCUUCGCGCGGCAGCUGAGCCGGCGCGCGCGGCGGCUGGCGGCGAUGGUGGACCCGUACCUGUCGGUCACCAUCGCCGAGUACGAGGGCGGGCGGAUGAAGCGCAGCGACGCGUACGAGGAGGUCAAGGCCUACCUCAGCGACGCCAGCGCCCACGGCGUGCGCCACCUCCGGGCCGAGUCCGCCAAGGACGCCGACAAGCUCGUGCUCAGCAUGUCGGACGGCGAGGAGGUGGAGGACGACUUCGAGGGCGCGAGGGUCUGGUGGUGGGCCUACUCCAAGCAGCCGCCGCGCUCGGACGGCGCCGCGGCGUGGUGGAGCGGCGGCGGCGCCGCCGCGCAGGAGGAGCGCCACUUCUACCGCCUCUUCUUCCUGGAGCACCAGCGGUCGCUUGUGCUGGACACGUACCUCCCGCGCGUCCGCCAGCUGGGCCGCGCCGUCAUGGUGAAGAACCGCCAGCGGAAGCUGUUCACCAACAUCUCCACGCACCAGUGGAGCGACGGCGGGUUCAUGAGGUCGGCGUGGACCCACGUGGUGUUCGAGCACCCCAAGACGUUCGCCACGCUCGCCAUGGACCCCGCCGAGAAGAAGAGGGUCAUGGACGACCUCGACAUGUUCAAGGGCGGCAGGGACUACUACGCGCGCGUCGGCAAGGCGUGGAAGCGCGGGUACCUCCUGUACGGGCCCCCCGGGACGGGGAAGUCGGCCAUGAUCGCCGCCAUGGCCAACUACCUCGACUACGACAUCUACGACAUCGAGCUCACGUCCGUGCACUCCAACACCGACCUCCGCAAGCUCUUCAUCGAGACCACCAGCAAGUCCAUCAUCGUCAUCGAGGACAUCGACUGCUCCCUCGACCUCACCGGCGCGCGCGAGAAGAAGAAGGCGGCGGAGGAGGACGGCGACAAGGACAAGAAGGACGGCGGCGGCCCCAGCAAGCCCGGCGAGAAGAAGGACACCAGCAGCAAGGUGACGCUGUCGGGCCUGCUCAACUUCAUCGACGGGCUGUGGUCGGCGUGCGGCGGCGAGCGGAUCAUCGUGUUCACCACCAACCACGUCAAGAAGCUGGACCCGGCGCUCAUCCGCAGAGGGCGCAUGGACAAACACAUCGAGAUGUCCUACUGCGGCUUCGAGGCGUUCAAGUUCCUGGCCAAGACGUACCUCGACGUGGACUCGCACCCUCUGUUCGACGCCGUCGGCGAGCUACUCCGGGAGGUGGACAUGACGCCGGCCGACGUCGCCGAGAACCUCACGCCCAAGAGCCUCGACGACGGGCCGGACUCGUGCCUCGCGGACUUGGUGAAGGCGCUGGAAGAGGCCAAGAAGGCUAGCGGAGCCGGAGAGGAUGAAGAGGACCAGCAAUAUGAGCCAUGAGGAGGAAAAGCUCUAGAUUAUUCAGUUCAUUAUUACUGCCAGUUUGUCGUUAGUCGGUAACUCUGCUGAUUUGUCUGCUGUGCUACAGUAGUGCAGAGGCUAAUGAUAAAAGUUACCCCUAGAAUAAAUUAAUUAGCUAGGGGUUUGUGUUUGUCUAAAUUUAUCUUAUCCUAGAGAAGAGAAGCCCCGUUCUUUUUUUUCUAUAAAUAAGUCUAGAUAAGACAGUUUUUUUCCAUAAAAGCUGUUAGUUCCCCUCA